UAGCCGAGUGUAAUAGUCACAGCUAGUGAGGCCCGUUUUGUGCGUUGCGUCUAGGGUUUCACUCCACAGCAGAACCCUAAUCUGAGAACGGGUCUUCUUCCUCUACCUAAUAUAUUCUUCUGCAUGGUUGCGUGAUCCCCAUGUUGCCAUUGGCGAAGCAUGUAAUAGAAGGAAAAUGGUCAAUGGAAGGCGCAGCGGCAUUUGCAUAGCUUUCAAUUGUGCGAGGGGCGCUCCCUCCCUCUACUGCCUGGGGCAUUGGACUACGUUUGCAUGAGCUUGGGCAAAAGUUUCUGCGCUUUGAUCAUCGGGUUUUGCAAGGGGUUUGCCAAAAUUAUAUGCUGACAGCGUCCUGGGCCGAGGCGCUUGGCUUGAGUAUCUGUGUUUGAGCAGUGAGCACUGCUCACAUUUGGAAUUGAUCACUUGCGUGGAUCAAUCUAGCCUGGGAAGGCCCAACCUCAGUCAUGGCUUUUGAGGAAGAUGAGGAGUCCCUUGAGCAGACGCUCCUAGUUGUCCGUGAAGUUCAUGUAUAUAAGAUCCCUCCGAGGCAGGGCAGCGGCGGCUACAAAUGCGCGGAGUGGCUUGUCUCUGAUCGGAUAUGGUCUGGAAGGAUGCGCGUCAUCUCCCAUGGACACAAAUGCGAGAUACGUCUGGAGGACAACAACACGGGCGAGCUGUUUGCCGCCUGCCCCGUCCAGGCCGGCAAGCGCGAGGCGAGCGUGGAGAGCGUCACCGACAGCUCGCGCUACUUUGUGCUGCGCAUCUCAGACGGCGCCGGAAAGCAUGCGUUCAUCGGCGUGGGGUUCAACGAGCGAAACGAGGCGUUUGACUUCAACGUUGCGCUCUCGGACCAGGAAAAGUGGACGUUGAGAGAGACGGAGAGAGCGGACGAGCCAGAGGAGGCGCCAGCUGCGUCGCCGGCAGCCAACCUGAAGCUCAAGGAAGGAGAGACGAUACGUAUCAGCGUGAAGACAAACAAGCCCGAGCGAGCGGGCAUGCUCUCGUCUGCCGCCACAAGCACGACCUCCAGCCCCCUCAAAAUGCCGGCCAUGAAGGCCCCCCUCGCGCCACCCCCCGGGGGGGGUCGAAUUCGCGGGCCCGUCCAUUCGAUCCCCAGCACCCUCUCAGGCAAAAUCACCCCCCCGUCGUCGAGACCGGGGUCAGCGGGGCUGACAGCAGGGUCGGGUGGCCCGCAGGCAAAGUUCACCGGCGAUCCGUUUGCGGACCUGUCACAACUUGAUCUGAGUCUGCCCUCAACGAACUCCGCCCCACAACCACCACAAACCAAGCCAGCGGGGUGGGCCGCUUUCUAGGUGUUGGGCAAAGGUGACCACCGUCCGUGGAUGCAUGCAGCAACCCCCUUGCCAAUUCUGAGGCGACGAAUGCAUGUGAAGCAAGUAUUAACAACGGUGUGAAGCAUGUAGAUGCACAACUGUAGAGACGGACCUCAUCACUGCUGAUUUUAGCAUACCGUUUGCAACCAAGUAGUCACCGACAAGAUUGAUGCUCACACAGAACAUCCUGUGCCGGAGGCUGACAAUACAUCAAUGGAACAUCUCUCAGCAUCCCAUCGCCAUUGCAAAGGCGGAUCUGUCUGCCCCUCGCUCACCUGCUUAUGCGGAGCUACAGCUGAACAAUGGAUCUCCAAUCAAAAAGAUCAACGGUGUAAGCCUUGCACCAAACGCACUUGUUGGAACGAGUAUGUGCACCGAUGGAGUCUAUUCUGGGCAAGUCCCGC